AUGUCGGAAAAACAAGGUAAGCUUUUUUUCUGUUGUUCUGUUGCGUCUUUUAUGUCACCACUGUAAUUGAUAAUUGAGCCAAUUAUUCUCCUCCCCCGCUGUCUAUUCUCUCCGUUGAAUUGUGAUAAAUGUGUACAUUUGGGAUAAUUGUUUGGAUAUAGGUUGUUUUGGUGGUGCACAACUAACAAUUGGCUACUUGGUGACGCAUGAUAUCUGUUUCCAUCUUCUCAAUUUUCACCUCCCCAUGUCAACAUCUCCGACAAACUCAUCCUUCUAUUUAUCUGCAUGCGCUGCAUCUGUAGUCCGCUAUGUUUUUUAUUCCCAAUAAACUACUCCCUAUUUAAUCGCCUAUACAUGCACAUUUAUGUAAAUAACUACAAUGAAAUAUGGUUUUGCGCGCGUUUGUUUCCCUGCGUGUGGGCGGAUAUGCGUGCGUGUGUACAGUGUAUCAGGAGGAAUUAACGAGUGUGUGUGUGCGCGUGCGUGAUGUUCACAUAAAAAAAUGCAGCACAAUAAUUUGCUUCAUUUCUCUCUUUUAACUCCUCUGGAUUCACUGUAUCCUAGGUGGUUACCAAGGUAAGCGCCAUGCUACUGAGUGAGAUGCCUCCUUCAUUCUGUAUGAAAGCCUAUAGCACAGAAAACAGGUUUCGGUUGGAAAAGCCCUGUAUAGAGGCCUACAGUGCAUGUUCAUGGCAUGCUCACAUCACCUCAAUGAAUGAAGUUUAUAGGCUAUAUAGCCUUAUCACGUGUUGGACACAAACACACAGCUGAGGUUUUGUUUUAUGUAUCAGAAUAGACAGAAUAUUGUAAUCCAGUAUGGAUGAUAAAACAUGGCAGAUAUAAUUGGUAUUUUUCAUUAUGGAGAGAUGGCAACAGAUAUAGGACUAUUCCCCCUCAAAGGAAUCAGUCGAUCUUAAUUAUAGACACCCAAAGAAAUCCUAUCAUGAUUUGCCUAUAGAUCUACAACAGACAUUUGGAAUUAUCAAAUAAUAUAUGUUCUUUGAUGGUUUUAGAUCACCAUUACACUACUGAGUAGCAUGGUAUCUGGUAUAUGCCAUAGUUGUGAAUGGGCCUUUAAUUCAUACAGCCAAUUAAAGGCUACAUUAGUGCAUAUUGAAUAGGAGUAUAUUUGGAUCAUGAACUAGCCAUGUAGCACUUAUCCCUCAUUCAUCCACUAUAACCCCGCCUUUUCUUCACUGUUGUCCUCUCUCCUUUUCCCAUUUGACUAUCUCUCCCAUUGUGUCCUAUUAAUCAGAUGUCCCUGUUUCUCAUUCAGUCCCUGUUAUGUGCCCUUGAAAGGUGUCCCUCCUGCUGUGUCAGGAUCCCAUCCCCCUUCUAACGUGUCUGAGUGGUCUUAUUCUGGCGGUUGUGACAGUGUUAGUAGGUUAUGUAAUGGUGUGUGUAUCCCCAAGCACAACUCUCUGUGUUUCUCUCUGUCUGCCUCAUCAACUGCCGAAUAGGCUAGUCAGCAUGCUGUGUAUUGCUAUACUGUACAAAGUCAACCUGGCUACUGUGUGAACGUGGUGCUUUUUGUUUAUCUUUGUGUGUGAAAUGUAUUCAACAUUUUCCCACUCUACAUACAUCCGUGUGGUUUACAUACCAGUAGGUGACAAAUCUAUUAUAGUGCUUGUAUUGUGUAAGCGGUGACCAAAAUGUCAGAGUGAUGGCUAGUUAGAUAACAUUUCUGCCUACUCUUUUCUCUCUUUUCUCUCUCUCUCUGUCUCUCUCUCUCUCACACAUUUAUUUUUCUCUCUCAUUUCUUUCCAUCUCUUCCUCUCUCAGGUCUGGAGGACUGCAAUCGCCAGGCCAUGUCCCAACCCAUGCAGCAAAUGCAGCCCCCUCCAUACCUCCCCUCCCAGGACCCUAACAUGGGCCAACAACACUCCAACAUGCAACACUCCAACAUGCAGCACCCCAACAUGACCCCUCCGCCCGGCUGUGGCCCCCAGCCCAACUACCCCCCUCCACCCCCCGGGGCCCCCCGGGGCCCCGGGGAUUGGGGUUUAAAAGGAAAACCCAUUUAGGGGGAGUUUUCCAAAUGGCCCUCCCACCGGCCCCACCUCAAGGCGCCCCAAACAGGGCUUAACAAAAGUUUCCAGACCAAGGGGCCCGGGAAAAGGGGGGGAAGGGGGGUGGGGUUUUUUUCCCCCCACCCCGGCCAAUUUUUGUGGGGGGGGUAUUUUCAAACCCCAAGGAAAAAACCCCCCCUUUCCAACCAGUGGCCAGCCCUUUUUUUUGGGAAAAAAAACCCCCCUUUUAGGGUUCCCUUGUUCAAAAAACCCCCCAUGGCCCUUUGGGCCGGUUUUGAGUCAAAUUUUUUUGGUUUUCCUUCCAAAAGGGGGAAAUAAUCCCCAACCAAAAAGGUUUUUCCCUUAAAUGAUAUUAAUAAAAUGGGCUUUUGGGGGGGCCAAACUUUUUUUUCCCAAAAAAAGGGGGAAAGGGGGGGAAAGGGGGGGAGGGGGGAUUUGCUUUGGGAAUUUUUGGGAAAACCGUUGGGGGGGAAAAUUGGGUAUUAAGGGUUGCUCCCCGGGGUUUUUCCCUUUUUCCCCUCCGGGGAUUUCCCUUUUAAAUUUCCCGAGGGGCUUGGGUUAACUCUCCUUUUGGGCCCUUCCCCAAAUAAAAAAACGGUUCAAAAUCCCAGGAAACAAGUGGGACGGGGAUGUUCAGGGGGGUUUAAAAGGGUUUGGGGGGGCAGGCCCCCCUUUUUAAAAAAUGGGAAGGGGUCCCCCAACAAACCAAUUCCAGGUUUCUUGGGUUAACUGUGGAAAAAAAAACCUGGUUUGCCCCCAGGGGAAGAAAAAUUUUCCAAAAGGGUUUUCCAAGGUCAUUCCAAAAAUUAAAAGGUAAGCUUUCAUGAGUAUUGGUUUUUUGGAUCUUUUUUGGGGCUUUUGGAUUAACAAUGUUGGUUUAACUGGGGGGGGGGGACCUUGCCCUUUUGUAGUCGGCCCCCUUUUACUUUUUAAAUGCUUAGAAAGUUUGGAAAAAAAAAGGGGAAAGGCAGGGCAAAGGGGGGCCCGCGGGAAGGAAGAGGGGCCGGGGAAAGAGGGGAGGACGGAGGAAGGAGGAGAGAAGGGGGAGCCGAAAAAAAGGGGGGCCCGGACGGGGGGGGGGGGUUUUUUUAAAGGGGGGGAAGGAAUAAAAAAGAAGGGGGAGUUUAGGAGAAGGGCAAAAGAAAAGGGCGGCGUCUCUGGGCUGUUUUUUCCGAAUCCCCUUUGGUUUACCAACCCUUUUUUCAGUCGAGUCUCUCUCUCUCUCUCUCUCUCUCUCUCUCUCUCUCUCUCUCUCUCUCUCUCUCUCUCUCUCUCAGGGACAGCCCUACCAGGGGAUGCCCCAGGGCCAGAUGGGCAUGCAGAUGCCCCAUGGCAUCGCCCUGAUGGAGCCCCGGCGCCCGCCUCACGACUACCUGCCCAUCGCUGUGUUCACCACCGUCUGCUGCUUCUGGCCCACAGGAAUCAUAGCCAUCAUCAAGGCAGUACAGGUUGGUAUAAGGCUAGCACAGGAUGUUUGUUAGCUAGCCAGUCAUCUUUAGUGAAAUUAUUGAUUAUUUUGUUGUAUCUCUGUGCAUUACAUUUACGUCAUUUAGCAGACGCUCUUAUCCAGAGCGACUUACAAAUUGGUGCAUUCACCCUAUAGCCAGUGGGAUAACCACUUUACAAAUGUUUUUUUUUUUUUUUUUUAGGGGGGGGGGGGGGGUUAGAAGGAUUACUUUAUCCUAUCCCAGGUAUUCCUUAAAGAGGUGGGGUUUCAAAUGUCUCCGGAAGGUGGUGAGUGACUCCGCUGUCCUGGCGUCGUGAGGGAGCUUGUUCCACCAUUGGGGUGCCAGAGCAGCGAACAGUUUUGACUGGGCUGAGCGGGAACUAUGCUUCCGCAGAGGAAGGGGAGCCAGCAGGCCAGAGGUGGAUGAACGCAAUGCCCUCGUUUGGGUGUAGGGACUGAUCAGAGCCUGAAGGUACGGAGGUGCCGUUCCCCUCACAGCUCCAUAGGCAAGCACCAUGGACUUGUAACAGAUGCGAGCUUCAACUGGAAGCCAGUGGAGUGUGCGGAGGAGCGGGGGUGACGUGAGAGAACUUGGGAAGGUUGAACACCAGACGGGCUGCGGCAUUCUGGAUGAGUUGUAGGGGUUUAAUGGCACAGGCAGGGAGCCCAGCCAACAGCGAGUUGCAGUAAUCCAGACGGGAGAUGACAAGUGCCUGGAUUAGGACCUGUGCCGCUUCCUGUGUAAGGCAGGGUCAUACUCUCCGAAUGUUGUAGAGCAUGAACCUGCAGGAUCGGGUCACCGCCUUGAUGUUAGCGGAGAACGACAGGGUGUUGUCCAGGGUCACGCCAAGGCUCUUCGCACUCUGGGAGGAGGACACAACGGAGUUGUCAACCGUGAUGGCGAGAUCAUGGAACGGGCAGUCCUUCCCCGGGAGGAAGAGCAGCUCCGUCUUGCCAAGGUUCAGCUUGAGGUGGUGAUCCGUCAUCCAUACUGAUAUGUCUGCCAGACAUGCAGAGAUGCGAUUCGCCACCUGGUUAUCAGAAGGGGGAAAGGAGAAGAUUAGUUGUGUAUCGUCAGCGUAGCAAUGAUAGGAGAGGCCAUGUGAGGAUAUGACAGAGCCAAGUGACUUGGUGUAUAGCGAGAAUAGGAGAGGGCCUAGAACUGAGCCCUGGGGGACACCAGUGGUGAGAGCACGUGGUGCAGAGACAGCUUCUCGCCACGCCACUUGGUAGGAGCGACCGGUCAGGUAGGACGCAAUCCAAGAGUGAGCCGCGCCGGAGAUGCCCAGCUCGGAGAGGGUGGAGAGGAGGAUCUGAUGGUUCACAGUAUCAAAGGCAGCAGACAGGUCUAGAAGGACAAGAGCAGAGGAGAGAGAGUUAGCUUUAGCAGUGCGGAGAGCCUCCGUGACACAGAGAAGAGCAGUCUCAGUUGAAUGACCAGUCCUGAAACCUGACUGGUUUGGAUCAAGAAGGUCAUUCUGAGAGAGAUAGCAAGAGAGUUGGCUAAAGACGGCACGCUCAAUAGUUUUGGAAAGAAAAGAAAGAAGGGAUACUGGUCUGUAGUUGUUGACAUCAGAGGGAUCAAGUGUUGGUUUUUUGAGAAGGGGUGCAACUCUCGCUCUCUUGAAGACGGAAGGGACAUAGCCAGCGGUCAAGGAUGAGUUGAUCAGCGAGGUGAGGUAGGGGAGAAGGUCACCGGAGAUGGUCUGGAGAAGAGAGGAGGGGAUGGGGUCAAGCGGGCAAGGUUGUUGGGCGGCCUGUAGUCACAAGUCGCAAGAUUUUAUCUGGAGAGAGAGGGGAGAAAGAAGUCAAAGCAUAGGGUAGGGCAGUGUGAGCAGGACCAGCAGUGUCAUUAGACUUAACAAACGAGGAUCGGAUGUCGUCAACCUUCUUUUCAAAGUGGUUGACGAAGUCAUCCACAGAGAGGGAGGAGGGGGGGGGGGGGGGGGGGGAGGAUUCAGGAGGGAGGAGAAUGUGGCAAAGAGCUUCCUAGGGUUAGAGGCAGAUGCUUGGAAUUUAGAGUGGUAGAAAGUGGCCUUAGCAGCAGAAACAGAUGAAGAAAAUGUAGAGAGGAGGGAGUGAAAAGAUGCCAGGUCCGCAGGGAGUCUAGUUUUCUUCAAUUUCCGCUCAGCUGCCCGGAGCUCUGUUCUGUGAGCUCGCAAUGAGUCAUCAAGCCACGGAGCUGGAGGGGAGGACCGAGCCGGCCGGGAGGAUAGGGGACACAGAGAGUCAAAGGAUGCAGAAAGGGAGGAGAGGAGGGUUGAGGAGGCAGAAUCAGGAGAUUGGAGGGAGAAGGAGUGAGCAGAGGGAAGAGAUGAUAGGAUGGAAGAGGAGAGAGUAGUGGGAGAGAGAGAGCGAAGGUUGCGGCGGCGCAUUACCAUCUGUGUAGGGGCAGAGUGAGUAGUGUUGGAGGAGAGCGAGAGAGAAAAGGAUACAAAGUAGUGGUCGGAGACAUGGAGGGGAGUUGCAGUGAGAUUAGUAGAAGAGCAGCAUUACAAUAUUAUGUUUCUUGUUUAUAUGCUGGCUUUGUUGGUUAGCCUACAACAGUCUAUAUUAUGUAAUUGCAGCAUUGUUUACACAGGCUAAAAUUGAUUUUUGCUUUGGGCUUCCUUCCGAUUUGUUUGAGUUGAGCUAAGCUGACAAGGCAUAGAUAGCCCUGCAAACUUGGGGCUUUAACCAUUAUUAUGGUUGAUUAAUUUAAGGCUGAAUAAACAGUUUUUUUACAUUUUGUGUGAGUAUGCGCUGUUUUCAACACCACUCUCUCCCUCUCUCAACUAAAUUCAGUUAAAGGUUCAUUAUCGGCAUGAAAUACAUUCUAUAUAUAUGGCCAAGCACUCCAAAAACCAUAGUUUGUGAGGGGGAAAAAACAUUCUCUCUCUCUCUCUCUUCCUCCCUCCCUCAGGUGCGUACGGCGGUGGCCAGGGGGGACAUGGUGACGGCAGAGAUAGCUUCCCGCGAGGCGCGUAACUUCUCCUUCAUCAGCCUGGCGGUGGGCAUUGCCUCCAUCGUCCUGUGUACCAUCCUCACCGUGGUAGUCAUCAUCGCCUCCCAACACCAUGACGAUGACUGGGAACCCUAA